AUGGCUCCCCACAGAACCACAUCUGGAGGGCGCAAAUACACUCACUCUUCGGCAAGCUUGAGGCUUGUCAAUAUUAAGGAAAAGGAGAAAGAGGAUAGAGAGUUUGCCAGGGCUGCGGUAAAGUCAAUUUUGAAGGAAGGAAAACGCAAACAUCACAGCGGUAAGAGGCGCACUCAUGAGGACACUCGAGAUGCUACGCUAGUGGUUCAAGAGGCUGGUUCAGGAGCUGAUUCACUGACCGCGGCAGAUUCAUAUGAUGAUGCUGCUGCUGCAGGCCUUGAAGGCCUUGAUGACAUGGGGAGUAUUGGGGGAGAUGCACGACUACGUUCUGACUCUGAUGUUAGCAUGGGUACCAAUAGCAUCCCCGCACCGAUUUCUACAGCUACAGCAACUACCUUGGCCCGUCUCGACACAUUCAAGACUGAAUUUCACCCUCAUAGUGGUUGCACUGAAACAGUCGAGAGCUUUUCCGUUUACAGGACUAGACCGGAGACAACACGAUCUGUCAUUGAUGAUGAGCCAUGGCAACCUUUUAGUUGCCGUGCAGAUUUUGAAUUCGCCAAACUUACGCACAAUGCUGCCUUGAGCAAGGAUCAAACCAACGACUUGCUCAAGCUCAUCUGGAGAGUAGCAGGUGGUCACACCAAGUUCACCUUCAAAACGCAUAACGAUGUGACGGCUGCAUGGACUAGGGCAUCUUGCCAAAUGACUCCUUUUGAAAAACACGUCUUACCUGUUGAAUAUAAGAAGGAAAACAUUGAGUACGAAGUAUAUUCACGACCGCUAUGGGACUGGGCAUUGGACCUCUUGGACAACCCUUUGCUAGCGCCACAUUUCGUCUGGGACACACAGCGAGUAUAUAAACACGACGGAGUUGGAUUUGAAUGCUUCUUCCAUAAGCCGUGGACAGGAGACCGCUGGUGGAACUUACAAUGGCUCAAAAAAGUGUCCCAAUGUUUGUAG